CACUGUGCAAGGCUGCCACAAGUCUUGCCCUCUUGGCCAUUGAAGUGUGGUGGGAGAGACAUGAGAUCAGUCACACACAGGCAUGGCUACAUGGGUGACAGUGCUGUAAAGGAAAUCGCAGAGUGCUUUUAGAAGCAUGCCACGCUUUGGACAGAAGAACCGCUCUGCAGUGUGCAAAAUGGGUUGGCGGCCCAGGCAGAGGAGGAAGAGUUGUCUGGAGACCCUUGCAGCCUUACAGGUGUCAGAGAUGGCCGAAGAUGGGAGCGAAGAGAUCUUGUUUAUCUGGUGUGAAGACUGCAGCCAGUACCACGACUCCGAAUGUCCUGAGCUGGGCCCCGUGGUCAUGGUCAAAGACUCCUUUGUGUUAAGCAGGGCAAGGUCUUGGCCUGCCAGCGGACACGUGCACACCCAGGCGGGGCAGGGGAUGUGGGGUUAUGAGGACAGGGACAGGGCUGACCCACAGCAGCUUCCAGAAGCAGUCCCUGCAGGCCUGGUGAGGCGGCUCAGUGGGCAGCAGCUGCCCUGCCGUUCUACCCUCACCUGGGGGAGGCUGUGCCACCUGGUGGCCCAGGGCAGGUCAUCCCUUCCUCCCAACUUGGAGAUCAGACGACUGGAAGAUGGAGCUGAGGGGGUGUUCGCCGUCACUCAGCUCGUCAAGCGGACACAGUUCGGUCCCUUUGAGUCCAGGAGGGUCGCCAAAUGGGAAAAGGAGUCCGCGUUUCCCCUGAAGGUGUUCCAGAAGGACGGGCACCCCGUGUGCUUCGACACCUCCAACGAGGAUGAUUGCAACUGGAUGAUGCUGGUGCGGCCGGCGGCGGAGGCCGAGCACCAGAACCUGACGGCCUACCAGCACGGCAGCGACGUGUACUUCACCACCUCCAGAGACAUACCCCCGGGCACCGAGCUGCGCGUGUGGUACGCGGCCUUCUAUGCCAAGAAGAUGGACAAGCCCAUGCUGAAGCAGGCCAGCUCUGGCGUCCAUGCUGCAGGCACCCCAGAAAACAGCGCCCCCGUGGAGUCGGAGCCCAGCCAGUGGGCGUGUAAAGUGUGUUCUGCCACCUUCCUGGAGCUGCAGCUCCUCAAUGAACAUCUGUUGGGCCACUUAGAACAAGCCAAAAGCCUUCCUCCAGGCAGCCAGAGCGAGGCGGCAGCUCCCGAGAAGGAGCAGGACACACCCCGGGGGGAACCCCCUGCAGUGCCCGAGAAUGUUGCCACCAAAGAACAGAAGAAAAAGCCUCGAAGGGGGAGAAAACCCAAAACAUCCAAAGCUGAGCAGCCUCUAGUCAUCGUGGAAGACAAGGAACCCGCAGAGCAAGUGGCAGAGAUCAUUACCGAGGUCCCUCCGGAUGAGCCUGUGAGUGCAACGCCGGACGAGCGGAUCGUGGAGCUGGUUCUGGGGAAGCUGUCCACCACGACCUCUGACACCAGCUCGGUUCCAAAGUUCACCCAUCAUCAGAAUAACACCAUCACGCUCAAGAGGAGCUUAAUUCUCUCGAGCAGACACGGCAUCCGGCGCAAGCUCAUCAAACAGCUCGGGGAGCACAAGCGGGUUUACCAGUGCAAUAUCUGCAGCAAGAUCUUCCAGAACAGCAGCAACCUGAGCAGGCACGUGCGCUCGCAUGGUGACAAGCUGUUUAAGUGCGAAGAGUGUGCAAAAUUGUUCAGCCGCAAAGAGAGCCUAAAGCAGCACGUUUCUUACAAGCACAGCAGGAAUGAGGUGGACGGCGAGUACAGGUACCGCUGCGGCACUUGUGAGAAGACCUUCCGCAUCGAGAGCGCGCUGGAAUUCCACAACUGCAGGACAGAUGACAAGACGUUCCAAUGUGAGAUGUGUUUCAGAUUCUUCUCCACCAACAGCAACCUCUCCAAGCACAAGAAGAAGCACGGCGACAAGAAGUUUGCCUGUGAGGUCUGCAGCAAGAUGUUCUACCGCAAGGACGUCAUGCUGGACCACCAGCGCCGGCACCUGGAAGGAGUGCGGCGAGUGAAGCGAGAGGACCUGGAGGCUGGCGGGGAGAACCUGGUCCGCUACAAGAAGGAGCCUUCCGGGUGCCCGGUGUGUGGCAAGGUGUUCUCCUGCCGGAGCAAUAUGAACAAGCACCUGCUCACCCACGGCGACAAGAAGUACACCUGUGAGAUCUGCGGGCGCAAGUUCUUCCGCGUGGAUGUGCUCAGGGACCACAUCCACGUCCACUUCAAGGACAUCGCGUUGAUGGAUGACCACCAGAGGGAAGAGUUUAUUGGCAAGAUCGGCAUCUCCUCGGAAGAAAACGACGACAAUUCUGAUGAGAGCGCAGACUCGGAGCCUCACAAGUACAGCUGCAAGCGGUGCCAGCUCACCUUCGGCCGGGGGAAGGAGUACCUGAAGCACAUCAUGGAGGUGCACAAGGAGAAGGGCUACGGCUGCAGCAUCUGCAACCGGCGCUUCGCGCUGAAGGCCACCUACCACGCCCACAUGGUCAUCCACCGUGAAAACCUGCCGGACCCCAAUGUGCAGAAGUACAUCCACCCCUGCGAGAUCUGCGGGCGGAUCUUCAACAGCAUAGGGAACCUGGAACGCCACAAGCUCAUCCACACAGGUGUGAAGAGCCAUGCCUGCGAGCAGUGUGGGAAGUCCUUUGCCAGGAAGGACAUGCUGAAGGAGCACAUGCGUGUGCACGACAACGUCCGCGAGUACCUGUGUGCCGAGUGUGGGAAAGGCAUGAAGACCAAGCACGCGCUGCGCCACCACAUGAAGCUGCACAAGGGCAUCAAGGAGUACGAGUGCAAGGAGUGCCACCGUAGGUUCGCGCAGAAGGUCAACAUGCUCAAGCACUGCAAGCGGCACACGGGGAUUAAAGAUUUCAUGUGUGAAUUGUGUGGGAAGACAUUCAGCGAGAGGAACACGAUGGAGACCCACAAGCUCAUCCACACAGUGGGCAAGCAGUGGACGUGCUCCGUGUGCGACAAGAAGUACGUGACCGAGUACAUGCUGCAGAAGCACGUUCAGCUCACACACGACAAGGUGGAGGCGCAGAGCUGCCAGCUGUGUGGGACGAAGGUGUCCACCAGGGCCUCCAUGAGCCGACACAUGCGGCGCAAGCACCCUGAGGUGCUUGCAGUGAGGAUCGAUGACUUGGACCACCUCCCGGAGACCACCACCAUCGACGCCUCCUCCAUCGGCAUCGUCCAGCCUGAGCUGACUCUGGAGCAGGAGGAUUUGGCCGAAGGGAAGCACGGGAAAGCUGCCAAGCGAAGUCACAAGAGAAAGCAGAAGCCAGAAGAGGAGGCAGGCGCUCCGGUGCCCGAGGACGCCACCUUCAGCGAAUACUCAGAGAAAGAGACGGAGUUCACAGGCAGCGUAGGCGACGAGACCAAUUCCGCAGUACAGAGCAUUCAGCAGGUAGUGGUGACCCUGGGUGACCCAAAUGUGACCACACCAUCAAGCUCAGUCGGCUUGACCAAUAUCACCGUGACCCCCAUCACCACUGCAGCCGCCACUCAGUUUACCAAUCUCCAGCCAGUGGCCGUGGGGCACCUUACCACCCCUGAACGCCAGUUACAGCUGGACAACUCAAUCCUGACCGUGACCUUUGAUACCGUCAGUGGCUCUGCCAUGCUUCACAACCGUCAAAAUGACGUCCAGAUCCACCCCCAGCCGGAAGCCUCGAACCCACAGUCUGUGGCCCACUUCAUCAAUCUGACGACCCUGGUCAACUCCAUCACGCCCCUGGGGAGCCAGCUUAGUGACCAGCACCCGCUUACGUGGCGGGCAGUGCCCCAGACUGACGUCUUGCCACCCCCGCAGCCGCAGGCACCCCCACAGCAGGCGGCCCAGCCCCAGGUGCAGGCAGAGCAGCAGCAGCAGAUGUACAGCUACUGAGCUGCGUUCCGGGAGACUCGGGGCAAGAACUGCAGAGGGAUGUUUGGGAUUUGUUUAGAUUUGUUUGCUGGAUACCAAACAAAAAGUCAUACAUUGCAAUGUAAGGUUGACUUAGCUUUGCAGAGUAUCUCCAGAUCCCCCGCCAGCAACCAUUACGGUCUGUCAGCUUAACUCUAGAAGUGACCUCUGGCAGGCAAGAGUUUUCAACUGGAUGGGGUUCCACACUAUGCCUUACUAAGGCAGUAAGUCCUGGGCCGGGGCCACAUCUGCCUCCCCUUACAGAACCAGUGUUCGCCCGACACAGGGUUCGGGAAAGUGAAGCUGAGAGAGAAGCAGGAUCGUAAGAGGCAGGAGAUAAGUGAUUAGGAGCACAAAUGGUUCAUUUUCUUUUUUCUUUUGAGCUUAUUUCCUAUGAGAACACAGACAGUAUUCACAGGUGGCAGCAGGCAGCAGGGAACAUUUUCUCCUCACUUCUGGAUUUUUUUGCCAGCGAGCAGGUAGAAGUUAAAGUAACGUUUAUUCUCUUUGAACUAGGAGCUGAGUUGGUUCUUAUACAACUAUGGGCUGAAACCAUAUGUGAGGCAUGCAGAGCCGCACAUGAUCCUGCAGCCUUCGAGGUCAUCAAGGUCAUCAUGUGCAAGGGGUCACGUGAGGUCACUGACUCCAGCUCAAAAGGCAUCUUAGUAAUAUCCGUGAAUCGAUUUCCAAUAGAGUUUUUUUCCUAACUUUAUUUCAAACAUACAUUAUAUGUUCAAGACUGUUAUGGCCAAUAUUGUGUUUUAGUUUUAUGCUAACAUGAUAAAGUCAUGUGCACUGUAGGACCAUCGGUCCCUGUCCACCCUUCACAGCUGCCCAGAUGCAGAGGGUCGUGCGGCUGUGUGAGGAGUGAGCCUCCCUGCUGCCCCCAGGAGCUCCUCCGGGUUGUCUCAGGAUUCUCUGCAAUCCAAAUGUGUCCAUUCUGGCUGAAGCCAGAAUCCCCUGAGUGGAAGAAACGGGGGAAAAUUCUUAUUUUCCUUCUGUUUAAACUUCAGUUCCAAAGGUUGGUGUAUUUCAUGACCAGUUUUCUAUAAAAAUAUUGAAUGAGUUUGGCUCUUUACAGUGGCAAAGUGUAGGUAUUUCUGAAACACAGAGAAAAUGCUAUUUCCUGCCAGGUGGUAAUGAAAGCAGAGAGGUUAGUUCACUAAUAGAAGCAUUAAUUGCCCCUAAAACUGAAUGUGCGGUGAACAGCCAGGUCUGCGUGUGUGGGGACACGUGCUGUCAUGUCUGUGUACCAGUUUCAGGGGCAGGGGCCAGGGUUGGGGAGGCACCCAGCCCUCCUGCUGCCCACCACAAGAAACACUGAGAGGUGUGGGGAGAAGUUUGCUCUUAACUUUCCUGGUACUCUGUUUGUGGCUACAGUGAGAGGACAAACCUGCCUUAAGGUGUCCUGCUUUGCCGGUUAUCCCAGAUCCUGCACUCACUGGGAGUCCAUCUUGAGGAAACACCGGCGUGGCUGAGUGAUUGGUAAGGAGCAGUCCUGAUGUCGCCAGCAGAACAAAGGAUGGUUGUGUUUUUCAAAACGCAGCUUUCUCAGCACUUCACUCCACUCCAAACAGCAGACUUUUGAGGAUAGGGCUGGAAUUUGUUUUGUGCAAUAUAUGCCUUCGUGAACUAAGGAAAGUUCAUCCCCAGGCAGCAUGCAGGAGGGUCUGCGGGGCUCACCUCCUCACCUCACCCGCCAUCACUCGCGCCUAGCUCUCACCUCUCAGUUGAAUGAAUAGUGGGAGAUCAUUUGACUUUUAAUUUAUGAGAAUUAUUUUAUGUUAUUUAUGUAUAUAAUUAACUGUUUUAUACAUAGUAGUCUCAUCAAAUGAACUCGAGCUUGGGGUGAUAUUGUCUCCAUUCUCCAGAUACAAGUGCUCCAGGCAUCUGUGAAAUCAGCAGGAGACCAGGGCUCCUAAGAUAAAUUUUUAAAAAUCAGUAUCGAUUUCUUUUUGCCUUUGCAGAAUCUAAAGGGCAAAUGACCUCGCAGAGACUCCCAACGGGCCUUGGGCUCAUGACAAAACACUCGCUAGCGUUGAUCUUUUAUUCCUCUUCCCUAUAAAAUAAAGGCCUUGGAAAUCACAGUUUUAUUUUUUUAAAGAAGUUGUUUUAGUGCCUAGAGUAAGACCGCAUCAAAUGUUGUUAAAGAACCUAAUUUAGAUUGUGUGGUAUAUACCACUGUUUAUCUCAAUACACAGACACCUCUUACUUCUUGUUAUAAGUGAGAACUCUAAAGAAAAAUCAAACUCCCAAGUUUUCUGUAAACAUACGUGGUCUUAAUAGGGUCACUGUCUGAGGCAAAGUGGGUUGUCUUAAAGCAGUUGCUACAAAUUUGCAUAAAAGAAACUAGAUAGCAAAAAUACAACAACCACGUACCACCCAGCCAGAAGAGUCCUCACCUGUACGCGGUUCUGCAUAUUGAUCAUCAUGACAGGAAGUAUUUCGUUUUUUAACUGAUCCAAGGUGCACAGAUGUAUUCAUAAAGGAAGACAUUAGAUCCAGCCAUUGUGUCCACCAGGCUCUGUGGACCCAUCUCAGUGGAGAAUUUGUUUUGGACCCGUGGCUCCGUGCAGCUGUGGACUCGAGGACUGGAGUGCUGUCCACUGGUGUGAGUCUUGUGGGGGGGCCGCAGGUACAGCCGCUCCCCGUGAAUCCUGAUCUCUGGGUUGAGAAGGGGCUGGGGCCUCUGGAGUGCUCUAGCGUGUGACAAUGUCUCAGGAAAACGUUCUGUGCCAAGUGCCGCCUCGCUGUGUCCGGCCUGGGGCUGCACUGGAGGGUCCGGCGUGAAAGGCAGACCUCCUGUACCUCUAUCGUUCCCAUUUGUGUCAUCCAAAGGCAGAAGGCUCAUGGCUUCCCCACUAGAGGCGGCGUCUUGGGCUUUCCCAUUGGAUUUUGAAAGGCAUUAAGACUGAUUGGAGAUGUUGGGUGUAUUUCGUGUCACAUCAAUUUGUAUGAUGAUGAAUAAAAGGUGCUGUGACCCGUGUUUUCAA